AUGAAAGCUUACCAUUUCUCAAACCCUUCAAAGGGUCUCGAGCGUUGUGACGUUCCUGUGCCGACUCCACAGAGCAACCAAGUCUUGGUCAAGGUGAGGGCAUGCGGCAUCUGCCACACCGACUGCAAUAUCAUUUCCGGCAUCGAUACCACGUUUUUCUGGAAACGCCCGAUUAUUCUCGGACACGAGAUUGCUGGAGUUGUCGUUUCUUGUGGAGCCGACAUCGCCAAGUUCAAAAUUGGUGACGCUGUUGUUUCAGUCAUCACACCGAAACACCCUGUCCAACUUGGAGAUGUAGUCGACAGCCCCGGAAUAGGUCGGGACGGUGGGUUCGCCGAGUACGUGGUGCUCUCCGAAGACCGAACCUUGCCGAUCCCGGAUGGCGUAUCGUUCGCCCAAGCAGCGGUGGCUACCGAUGCUGUAGCGACAGCAUACCAUGCAGUCGUUGCUGAGGGCCAGAUUUCCCCUGGAUCCAAGGUUGCCGUCAUAGGCUUAGGUGGCUUGGGCCUCUCGGCGGUCCAGAUUGCGGCUGGCUUGGGAGCCCGUGUUUUCUGCAUCGACCUUGACCGCCGCAAGUUUCCAGCGGCGGCACUUGCAGGGGCUUAUUCUUCGGGAACGACCUUUGAUAGCUUCCCCGGAGUUCGAUUUGAUGUUGUACUUGACUUCGCUGGUGCGGGGUCGUCCACUUCCGCGGCAGCCAAAGCGGUCAAACUCGGAGGGAAAGUGAUCCUUGUUGGCCUUGCUUCGAAGCAAGCAGUGCUCGAUACGCACUUGUUCGUUGCCUUGGGCGUCAAGCUCAUUGGAUCUGCCGGGUCUUCGCUCCAAGAGGUGGAGAAAUCUCUCAAACUUGUUGCUCAUAACAAAGUCCAGCCAGCUCUUGAAGAGGUUUCGUUUGAAAGGCUAGCGGAGGGGGUGGAUCGGCUGCUGAAAGGCAACGUCGUCGGACGGCUUUAUGCCGAUCCGUCACAGAACUCUUGA